AUAAGAGAGAGACCUUGAAUCCAUCAUUCUUUGUCUCCACAAAAAUAAAAAACAAAAAAUUACCAAAAAAAAUAAAAAAUGAAUGCCUCAAAGUCCUUGUUGCUCACCCUUUCAUUGAUCCUUCUGUCUCAUGCAGCAACAAGCAGCAUCAAUUUGUAUGAAUCUGUGUGCAAAGAUGCUGGUGAGGACAGUCAGAAGUGCCUAGCAUUUCUUAAAGAUGAUCCUAAGAUUUUAGCAGCAAGGAGCUAUAAGAAACUUGCAAAGGUUAUAUUGGAAAUGGGAUUGAAGAAAGGAGUGGAAGGACAAAACUUCCUUAAGGAAUUGGCCAAGUCAAAUCCUAAUUCAAAAGCCAUUGCACAAUGUGCAAAUGAACUCUAUGAUGGUGUGGUUGGAUCAUUCAAAUCCUCAUUGGGUGAGUUGGAACAAGAUGCGCUCACGGCUAGCUACGACGCCAAGGUGGCCAGCGACGGACCAACCACUUGUGAUAGAGCCUUGGCAGCUGAAAACAUCAACAAUCCUUCCAUUGCUAAUCUCAACAAAGAUGUCUUGUUCCUUAGCAGCCUCUCUUUCUUUGCCGUCAGCAAACUCCCUGUGCCAUAAAGUACUUUCUUUAGGCUGUGUUUGCGAGUUGGAAUUUCAGAUACUGAAAUCAAAACUCGCAAACACAACCUUGAUAUGAUGUGGUAACUGUGAUUGUGGGAUGGGAAAGCCUUUUAGAGUAGUUAACAAAGUUUGUGUGCAAUAUGAAGUGACACAAAAUAAAGAACAAUAGUCAUAUGUAUAUAUAUGUAUAU